AGUCCCUUUCCUGCUCAGCAUGAGGCUGGUUGGGGAGGCAUCCAAGAGGCAACGGGGAGUGAGGAGAGAGAGCGCGCCAGCUUGGAUAAGUAACUGAAUACACUUUGGCUGAGAGGAAAUAUGGGAUGUAUAAAAUCAAAAAGGAAAGACAAUCUGAAUGACGAUGGAAUAGAUUUGAAGACUCAACCAGUACGUAAUACUGACCGAACUAUUUAUGUGAGAGAUCCAACGUCCAAUAAACAGCAAAGGCCAGUUCCAGAAUCUCAGCUUUUACCAGGACAGAGGUUUCAGACUAAAGAUCCGGAGGAGCAAGGAGACAUCGUGAUAGCCUUGUACCCCUAUGAUGGCAUCCACCCAGACGACUUGUCUUUCAAGAAAGGAGAGAAGAUGAAGGUCCUGGAGGAGCAUGGAGAAUGGUGGAAAGCUAAAUCCCUUUCAACGAAGAGAGAAGGGUUCAUCCCCAGCAACUACGUCGCCAAAGUCAACACCCUGGAAACAGAAGAGUGGUUUUUCAAGGACAUAACCAGGAAGGAUGCAGAAAGGCAGCUGCUGGCACCAGGGAAUGGUCCUGGAGCUUUUCUUAUCAGAGAAAGUGAAACCUUAAAAGGAAGCUACUCUCUUUCUGUCAGAGAUUAUGACCCUGUGCAUGGUGAUGUUAUUAAGCACUACAAAAUUAGAAGUCUGGACAAUGGAGGGUAUUACAUUUCUCCACGAAUCACUUUCCCUUGUAUCAGUGACAUGAUUAAACAUUACCAAAAGCAGUCGGAUGGCUUAUGCAGAAGAUUGGAAAAGGCAUGCAUUAGCCCCAAACCACAAAAGCCAUGGGACAAAGAUGCCUGGGAGAUCCCACGGGAUUCCAUCAAGUUGGUGAAAAGGCUUGGUGCCGGGCAAUUCGGGGAAGUCUGGAUGGGUUACUAUAACAAUAGUACCAAAGUGGCUGUGAAAACCCUGAAACCGGGCACUAUGUCUGUGCAAGCAUUCCUGGAGGAAGCCAACCUCAUGAAAACCCUUCAGCAUGACAAGCUGGUGAGGCUCUAUGCCGUGGUUACCAGAGAAGAGCCUAUCUAUAUCAUCACUGAGUACAUGGCCAAGGGCAGUUUGCUGGAUUUCCUGAAGAGUGACGAAGGGGGCAAGGUGCUGCUUCCCAAGCUAAUUGACUUUUCUGCCCAGAUUGCAGAGGGAAUGGCAUACAUCGAGAGGAAGAACUACAUUCACCGAGACCUACGAGCGGCUAACGUUCUGGUCUCUGAGUCACUCAUGUGCAAAAUUGCAGAUUUUGGCCUUGCUCGAGUAAUCGAAGACAAUGAGUACACAGCAAGGGAAGGUGCCAAAUUCCCCAUUAAGUGGACAGCUCCAGAAGCCAUCAACUUUGGAUGUUUCACCAUUAAGUCUGAUGUGUGGUCCUUCGGAAUUCUCCUGUAUGAAAUCGUCACCUAUGGGAAAAUUCCCUACCCAGGGAGAACUAAUGCCGAUGUGAUGACCGCCCUGUCCCAGGGCUACAGGAUGCCCCGCAUGGAGAACUGCCCAGACGAGCUCUAUGACAUCAUGAAAAUGUGCUGGAAGGAAAAGGCAGAAGAGAGGCCAACAUUCGAUUACUUGCAGAGCGUCCUGGAUGAUUUCUACACCGCCACGGAAGGGCAGUAUCAGCAGCAGCCUUAAAGCACAGGAAGACUCAUGGCCAUUCGCUGGGACGGCUGCCUCCUACAAAAA